AUGGCCUUCAACGUGUACUACGCCGCCUUGGGCCGUGAGGACCGCAUGGACGGCAUCGCGCAGGCAAUUGCCGACAUGACGCCCGACAUCGCCGUUAUCACUGAGCAGUGGAAGGAGAAGCCGACAAUCCUCGAGAAGCUCGACGUUUGCCUCAUCUUGCGCUUUCAAAACAUGCUGUACACUGUACGCAAGAACUUUACGACAACCCCGACAGCCAUUUGGUCUAUCCCUUGGAUUGCCGCGCUUCUAUCGUCAAGGAAGCUCAGGCAGAAGUCCAACAAGUACUACGCCUUCUGCCUGGGAGGCCCCCAGGAGAAGUGGUGGGAUGGUGACAUCCUCUACAGAGCCGACCUCUUUGAAGUGGUGAAGGACUCUGUCAUGGACUGGGGGGCCAACCGGGGGCUGAGCUGGGCCGUGCUGAAACAUCGCGACUCCGGCAAGAAGGUCUUGAUCUAUGGCGCGCACCCGGUGUGCUGCGGGAAUGAGCCCAUCCAUCUGCAGAAUGCGCUGGACUUUGCGGAGCACGCGCGGGAACUGGUUGCCGAGUUUCCAGACGCGGCCAUCGUGUACAUGGGCGACUUCAAUGCUUUGGAGGACUGGAAGUCCACCCGGCUUUACCUUGGCGAGGAGGUGACGGAAAAAGGCCGGACCUACAAGAUUGACUUCCAGUUUCGCGAUGCGUUCCGAGACGUCAACUCCGCGCGCGUCGAUGCCACCACGCACAACAGCGGCGCCAGAUUGGACUACAUCUUCCUGGAGAGGGGAGAGGCGAGGCCGCAGCCCAUCCAGCAAGGCCUGUGUCCUCAGGGUUUUGAACCAUUGAAGCUGGGCUCGACUUGCGAAUGA